AUGGCCUGCUCACCUUCAUCAUCUUCGGCCUUCUUGGCCCGGUUCUCAGCCUUGUUGUUACUCACGACUCCCGUCCUGGCAAAGACUAUCAAUCUCGACUGGAACAUCACAUGGGUCAACUCUAACCCAGAUGGCAAAUUCAUUAAGCCCACCAUCGGUGUUAACGGACAGUGGCCGCUGCCCCUCAUCGAGGCUACCAAGGGCGAUAGAUUGGUUCUCAAUGUCAACAACCAACUGGGUAACCAGAGCACCAGUCUUCACUUCCAUGGCAUGUUCCAAAAUGGCACAAACCACAUGGACGGUGCUGUAGGCAUAACUCAAUGUGCUAUCCCACCUGGACACUCAUUUACAUAUGAUUUUAAAUUUGACCAAGUCGGCACGUACUGGUACCAUGCCCACAACGAUGGACAGUACCCAGAGGGUCUUCGCGGUCCCGUCGUUAUUCAUGACCCCAACGGGCCUUAUGAAGGAAAGUAUGACGAAGAGCUCAUCAUCACUUUCUCAGACUGGUAUCACCAGUCGACAAGAUCUCUCAUCAAGGAACUCAUCAACGUCGAGAACCCCACCGGUGCUGAGCCCGUUCCCAACUCGGCUCUCAUGAAUGACACGCAGAACCUGCAGGUCAAGGUCCAGCCCGGAAAGACCUAUCUCAUCCGCAUGGUUAACAUUGGUGCAUUCGCGUCCCAGUACAUUUGGUUCGAGGGCCAUGAGAUGCGUGUGGUCGAGGUUGACGGCGUCUGGACCGAGAAAGCCAAGGCUGAGAUGCUCUACAUCACUCCUGCCCAGCGCUACAGUGUCCUCCUGACGACCAAAAAGGAUGCAUCUCAAAACUUCGCCAUUGUCGGCUCCAUGGACGAGGAGCUGUUUGAUGUUAUUCCCGACGGGUUGAACUCCAACGUCACUGGUUGGUUGGUUUACGAUGACAAGAAGCCCCUGCCCGAGCCGACACCCGUUGAUUCGUUUGACGAAUUCGACGAUUUUGACCUUGUUCCGGUCGACCGCAAGGAGCUGUACGACAAGGUCGACUACUCCUUCAGCUUCACCGUCAAGAUGGACAAUCUCGGCGACGGAGCCAACUACGCCUUUUUCAAUGACAAGACCUAUGUCGCGCCCAAGGUCCCCUCCCUGUUCACUGCUCUGACGGUCGGGGAAAAGAACGCGGCGAACCCCCUGGUCUACGGCACCAACACGAUUUCGCACGUUCUCAAGCACAACGAGGUGAUCGAGAUCGUCCUCAACAACGAGGACGACGGCAAGCACCCCUUCCAUCUCCACGGCCACCAGUUCCAGGUCGUGCACCGCUCGGACGAGGACGCCGGCGCCUUCUCCAACGACAGCAGCGUCGGAUUUCCGAAAUACCCGAUGCGUCGGGACACCCUCGUCGUAGAGGGCAACGGCAACUUUGUGAUCCGCUUCAAGGCCAACAACCCUGGCGUGUGGCUCUUCCACUGCCACAUUGAGUGGCACAUGGACCAGGGUCUGGUGGCCACCAUCAUCGAGGCCCCCGAGGCCCUUCAGGGGCUGAGGAUCCCUGAGGGACACCUGGAGGUGUGUCGCGCCGGCGGAGUCCCGACCAAGGGCAACGCCGCGGGCAAUACCAAGAACGUGCUCGAUCUGUCAGGCGAGAACAAGCCCGUCGGCCCACUGCCCGAAGGAUUCACACCCAAGGGCUAUGUCGCCAUGUUUUUCAGCUGUGUGGCCGCUUUCCUUGGUCUGGCCAUCAUAUCAUGGUACGGCGUUAUUGACUCUGAUAAGAAGGAGAAUGUCGAGGGCCAGUCUGCGUCUAGAGACAGAGAUGACUGA